AUGUGCACCACAUCGCGUUACAUGGAUCUCAUGUGCUUGAUGUGGAUCAUAUGCAGCGACAACGAGUUAUUCGAGGCUGGGCGAGGCUCAAAUGACAGGUCUCUGGCUCACUAUAGGCUGAUACCUGGCACAUAUGAGCUGAUUAUCCUUGAAGACUAUGCAGACCCUUUUGAUGCUGAACAGGCCGGUGGCACUCAGACCAGCACAGAAAAGGUGACAACUGAGAACGAUGGUUACAUGGAGCCCUAUGAAGCCCAGAAGAUGAUGGCAGAGAUCCGAUCUGGUGGCCGAGGUCCUAAAGAGGGACCAGUGAGGCAACUUCCUCUGUACGAUACACCGUACGAGCCCGCUGAGAACGGCAGUGACUCAGACCCUGAGCGAUCACGCUGUCCCAGAGAAAGCCGUCUGCCCCAGGAUGACGAGCGACCACCUGAAGAGUAUGAUCAACCCUGGGAGUGGAAGAAAGAGAGAAUUUCUAAGGCCUUUGCAGCUCUGCUUUGUUAUGACUGCAUUAGCUACGAGGGCUCUAUAAGUGGCACUGGAUCAGGUUCCCAGAGGACAACGGACUGCACUUCUAAAUCCCUCACAGUAGAGAUUAAAGUGAUCAAGGACCUACCAUGGCCCCCUCCUGUCGGGCAACUCAACACCAGCCCUCCCCCAGUGGAGGAGCUGGAGUCUCCUUCCCAGACAGCCCAGCCCUCACCAGGACAGACAGCCUGUGACCAGCACCACCAUGUCCAAUUUGAUGGUGUGGAGAAGCCUCGAAUGUCACCCACCAAAGACGGGAAAUGCCGCCCGUUGCAGCGGCACUCCAGCGGCUGCCUGGUCAACACCAAAAUGACAUCACUGGACCACUGUAGUUCCUCUCUGGGGGAGCGCAUUGACCCAAUGAUGCCCCUGGAAAGCCAGUUCUGGUACCAUGGAGCAAUCAGUCGGACAGAUGCGGAGUCUCUGCUCAGACUGUGCAAAGAGGCGAGCUACCUGGUUAGAAACAGUGAGACCAGCAAGAACGACUACUCUCUGUCCCUGAAGAGCAGCCAGGGCUUCAUGCACAUGAAACUAUCCCGGACGAAGGAGAACAAAUACAUCCUGGGCCAGAACAGCUGUCCUUUUGACAGCGUGCCUGAGAUCAUCCAUUUCUACUCCAGCCGCAAGUUGCCCAUCAAAGGUGCCGAACACAUGUCACUGCUGUACCCGGUGGCCAUCAGGACACUAUAGUGCCACGACCGCCUUCUGAGCAUAACUGAACAGUAACAUCCCAAACUGCUGAUUCUGACUCACCUCAUUGGCCGACAGAUUCAGGAGCAGUUUUGACGGCCUACUGUAUACUAUCUCAUACAACUGGAUGUUGCAGAAGCUGUUAUUAUUUUAUUUUAUAGUAUUUUUAUUUUAUUUAUGACACACACCCACUGAUAAAACAUCAUUUCAUUGAUUUUUUUUUUUCUCUUAUUUUAUAUUUUUAAGGUGGUUUCCCUGAGCACUUAAGACUUUAAAGAAAAAUAGGUACAACAUGAUAAUUUGUCUGUUUAUCAUGCAUGUACCUUUUCUCCGCAAGUGGGCGUCUUGACAGUCGUACACGUGGCUUGUUGGAGUUUUCUCAUUCAAUUCUGCUCUGUUAAUACCCUUAAGUGUAAUUGUUUGUCAGAGGGACUUGAACACAGUAACAGCCUAAGGGAAGCAGCAUUUAUGAGGCAUGUUAGAGGAUAUCUUCCACACAGGUCCCAUACGGCGUCCAGGAUAUUGAGUAAUCUGGAUGAGCAUUAACGGUGUCCCCAGCUGCCCAGGAACAACCAGUGCGCCGUGCACUCUGAUCUCUCUAUCUUGUCAUAGUUUAUGCUGGGUGCGAUCCAUCACCGCGUGGGCGUGCAGCACCAAUGACGGUGUAAGUACCACAGUGAUGAGACAGGCAUGAGAGCAUGAUGGAUGGCUGAACCCAUGUGACACAGUACAUUUGGCUGAGACUUGGCGACCAGAGCCUCUCCAAAUGGAUAAAAUUACCCACCUAUCCCUGCUUAGAAUGGCUUUGCAUCGGGGGAAUGAAAUAUGUCUACACUGUCUACCUCAGAAAAUCAAUUUCAUUCACUCGUCUGCAGAUCAAUAGGUACAAAGGGAUUGUACAGAUUGAUCGCUUUUCCCUUAGACAUUCCCAAUUCCCUUAAAAAUGCGCCAUUGGUUUAGGACUAUUGUUCUACAUCAAGUCAAGAUUAGUUUGAAACAUGAAGCAGGUUUUUAUUUUUAUUUUUUCCAGGUCAGCAAUUGUAUGUAUAGUCAGUAAUAUGAUGCUGUGUGAUGUCAGUAACAAAUGUUUGGUUAAUGCCUUAUAUUGCAUGGGUCAAAUCAGUCGUCUAGUUCAGAUGAAUUCCAGUUCUGCUUUUAACGAUUGUUCUGUGACUGUAAUUUAUUCUGGGCUAAUUAGUAGCAGCGUGUUACUCACUGUUCCGUGCUGACGUGAUUGUGUUUGUUGGGGAGACUGCUUCAGUCUCUUUUAAUGUGGUGCUUUGCCUUUUUUUCUGUUUUGUUGUUGUUUCGAGUUCUGCUCAUGCACGUUUGCCACGGUGGCCUGACUCUGGGACACAAGCGUCUCUUGACCAAUGGAAUUGUCAAGCCUCACGUGAGACACAAUUGCAGAUGCCCUCUGGACCAAUCGCACCACACUCUGCUCAUCAAGACUUACAUGUGUCUGUCAUGGUUCCACUAAGCAUUAAAAUGUCUCCAUUGUCAAGCCUU